AUGUCAAGUGUAACUAUUGGAGUUUUAUCUUUGCAAGGAGAUUUUCAACCACAUAUAAAUCAUUUUCUUAAAUUAGAAGAACCAUCAUUACAAAUUAAAGAAGUUAGAGAUAAAAAAGAUUUAAGUGAAUGUGAUGGUUUAGUAAUACCAGGUGGAGAAUCAACAACAUUAAGAAAAUGCUUUGCUUAUGAUAAUGAUUCUCUUUUUAAUGCUAUUAAAAAUUUCAUUCAUGUAGAACAAAAUCCAGUUUGGGGUACUUGUGCAGGUUGCAUUCUUUUAUCAAAAAAAGUAGAAAAUAUCGAAAUGCAUAGUGAAUAUGGAAAGAAUUUUUCUUUAGGAGGUUUGGAUAUUGUGAUAUGUAGAAAUUUUUAUGGCUCUCAAAAUGACAGCUUUAUAUGUUCCUUAAAUAUUAACUCAUACAAUAAUAUUUUUAACAAAAAUUUAAGAGCUGCUUGCAUAAGGUCCCCAUAUAUAAAAGAAGUCUUAUCGGAUGAUGUUGAAAUACUUGCAACUUUUACACAUGAAAUAACUGGAUCUAACAUAAUAGCGGCUGUUGAACAAAAUAAUUGUAUAGGAACUGUAUUCCACCCCGAAUUAAUGCCGUACAGUUCUUUUCACCGAUAUUUUUAUGAGAAGGUAAAAAAUUAUAAAUAUUCAUAG